AUGGCGCCGAACAGCUUCUCCUUGACAACGCGUUUGCCGGUCUCCAAUGGCCUCACUAUCCCACAGAUCCAACUAGGCGUCUAUAUGAUGUCUUCACGGCAAGCCUCUGAAGCUGUCAAAUAUGCCUUGAAUGCAGGCUACCGCGCCAUCGACUCGGCUCAGAUGUAUCGCAAUGAACGAGACUGUGGGAAAGCCAUAAGUUCUUGGUUGAACGAUACGAACGCCAAUUCGUCCGGCUUAAAGCGUGAAGACAUAUUCUUCACAUCGAAGCUUGCACAGAAUUCGAGUUAUGCAGCUGCACGAAAAUCGAUCAAAUCAUCAGUCGAGGCAUGCGGUCUGGGCUACAUUGACUUGUUCCUGCUUCACAGUCCUUACGGGGGCAAAGCCGCGAGGCUGGCAUCUUGGAAAGCUGUGGAGGACGCAAUAGCCGACGGCGAGGUCAAGAUUGGCGGUGUCUCCAACUUCGGAGUGAAGCACCUGGAGGAGCUGAUUGCAUCGAAGCCACGCAUUUUACCCGCAAUCAACCAGGUGGAAGUCCAUCCUUUCAACACUCGAGAGGACAUCACAUCGUUCUGUAAACAACACAACAUUCUUAUCGAAGCAUACGCUCCUCUGGCACGGGCUCUUCGGAUGAAGCAUCCGGUCAUCGUUGCAUUGGCCAAAAAAUAUCAGUGCACCGGGGCGCAGGUCAUGAUAAGGUGGUCUGUACAGAACGGAUACAUUCCCCUACCAAAAAGCGUCUCAAAGGAGCGUAUAGAGUCAAACGGCAAGGUUGAUUUCUUCGAGAUCGACGACGCUGACAUGAAGAAACUCAGUGGAUUAGAUGAAUACCUCGUUACAGACUGGGAUCCCACAGACACGGACUGA